AUGUCUGGUGAAGAUACGUUGGCGGUUGAGGAGCUUUUGGGCAAGUACUCGUAUACCACGCCGUAUGAGCCCGGAAGCCCAUGGUCUUUGGUUGUUGCUUUGCUCCCAGAGACCGUUGAGCCGGAGAAAUACGUAUCCAGGCUCUUUGAAAUGCCCGAGACUUCGACGGCUGGGACGCCAAUAGAGACCGAUCUCGGAGAGUACGUGCUCAAAGAGACCAAGUCAGUAGGGUGGGUGCCAGAGAACCACAAUGGAGAUUUGAGGGACUGCUUUACGCGUGUGAGGGUCCGACAAAGCGACCGCGUCUGGUCGAAUUUGGAUUGGCCCAUAAAAACUAAUUGGUAUGCUGGAGCUGCCUACGUGCUGAAGCUUUACCGGAAAUAUCACAGUGUGCACAUGAGCUUAGAGGCUUUUGAGGCUGCCACCGUCGAGUCAAUGGUUGAAACCAUACUAAAACACUCCUCUGUUAGUACGCUGAGCAGGGAUGUCAGCUUUCUUAUUUUACCUUAUCUUACCUUCCAUGAUCGACUUGAUUUACUGCAGAAAUGGAUCAUGGACAAACCUCUGAACUACAUUAAAUCGUUGGCCUCUAUUCAUGCUCUUACUCCGACCCUCCUGCGUUUGUGUUACCUGGCGUCCAGUCGCGAAUGGCGUGCAGUGAAAGAUAUCAUUGUUCAUUUGAAACCUACCUCAGAGACACCUUUAUCUUUGGAAACUAUUUAUGAGCCUACUGCUCAAUCAAUAAGCUUUCUUGGGGAUCUAGCUAGUGCAGCUCGCAUCCUUGGAACCCUUUGUCCUCCGUCGUUCGAGGUCUUAGCGCAGUGGUCGUUUGCUACCAACGAAGUACAAAGAGGUAUUUACAAUUUUUAUCUCAAACAAAACGACCGAUGGAGUAGCAUUGUCGAUGAUCUGCUGGUGUUACGGCGGACAAUCUUCAGUAAGCUGACUGAACAAGAGAUCGAUAACGAUAUGCUAAUUGGUGCUCUGCGGAAGGGCAAAUACACCUUCUUGCAGACGCACAAGCUUGAGAGUCCCGAGGUGAUUCAAGCAGAAGCUGCGAAUAUCGUUGCUGCAUUCAAAGAAGGAGGCUUGGAGCGUCCAGAGUUUUCAACGGUUUUAGCCGCUCUAGAUGUUGUGCCAACAGGCGCUCUGGCGUCCACAAAGAAGCAGUUCGCAGCACUAAGACUAGCACAUUCCAGUUUCGGAGUUGAUCCCGCUCUAGCUGUGCACUUGGCUCCAAUGGAUAUAAUAAGACGCGCACUGAAAGUCAAUCCAGAUGCGUACAACCGUGUAAGUGAGCUGGUCCGACUAGCCAACGAAUUUGCCAAAGAAGACUUGACCGAACAGGUCAAGGAAGCUUGUAUCAAUGCCAGUCUUGCUAGCGCGGACUUUUCAACCGCAUACAGUUUGUGUCAGGGUCUCGAGGGCCCGAACGCCUGGCUAUCGUACUUGCAAGCAGCAAAGUUCAUGUCCCCCCUUUGGGAUUCGCGUCCCGCCGAUGUGGCAGCAAAGCAAAAGUCCUUGAUUGUCAAGUGUCUCCAAAUAUGCCCGAAAUCCGAUAUCAGUACCGUCGCUCGCGUGUGGGAGAAUCUCGAGACAGAAAUCCAGCCGCAGACUGUCCAGCGUGAGCCUGCUGCCGGCCAACAGAAAACUCGCAAAAGAGACCACCUGCAAAAGUUGCUCGUCGGAGGUAUCGGAUGGGCAAUUGGCGCUCCGUCUAACUAG